AUGCAUUCCCAGGUUUACAAAGGGCUUUGUCCGAAUAAACCACUCCCCAAACCUCGCUAUGCGGCUGUCCGGACACUCGUGGACGCCCAGGCCGGUGACGACGGCCCAAUCCUAGACUCAAAUGCCCUGGUCCUCUACUUCCCCGGCUCUAGAACGGUUACCGGAGAAGACGUCCUGGAACUGCACGUUCACGGCGGCCCCGCAACUGUCAAGGCGGUCCUCGCAGCGAUCCCGAAGUGUCCGUCCGACAGCCUGAUUCGGUACGCCGAGCCCGGCGAGUUCACCAAGCGCGCCUUCCUCAACGACAGGCUUGACCUGGCCCAGGUCGAGUCCCUCGGCGACACGCUCUCCGCCGACACGGAGCAACAGCGCCGCGCCGCGGUGCGAGGUAGCUCGGGCGUGCUAGGGCGCACCUACGAGAGCUGGCGCGAACAGCUCCUGCUCGCCCGGGGUGAGAUCGAGGCCCUCAUCGACUUUGCCGAGGAUCAGCACUUUGACGAGUCGCCUUCGGAACUGAUGAGAAACGUCUCGGCGCUCGUAGCCAAUAUGCGGCACAGCAUUCGAGUGCAUGAGGCUGCCAGUCAGCGUAGCGAGCUGCUGCGGAACGGCAUACGGAUCGCCCUUCUCGGCCCGCCCAACGUCGGCAAGAGCUCGCUGAUGAAUUUGAUCGUCGGGCGCGAGGCUUCGAUUGUGUCGAUGGAGGCGGGCACCACGCGGGACAUCGUCGAGGUAAGCCUCGAUAUCCGGGGGUACCUCUGCUCCUUUGCAGAUACGGCUGGCAUCCGGACCAAGUCCUCCGUGAGCCUGGGCGGUGACCUCUCUGAGCCUGCGCUGGGGAUCGUCGAGGAGGAGGGCAUCCGCCGAGCGAAACAGAAGGCGUCGGAAUCGGACAUCAUCAUCGUUCUAGCGGCGGUGGAGCCGGGGCGCGACGGGGGUUUCCGGAUCAACUACGACGCGGAGACGUUGAGGCUCGCGUUGGAGGCUCAGUCAUGCCUCGUCGUCGUGAAUAAGCGAGACGCCGUUGAUGGGUCUACCUUCUCCGACCUCCUUGGCCGAUUCAGGGGCGAAGUAGCUGACCACGCCCCGGGUAUGGCUCGGGCGGAAAUCAUUACAAUAUCUUGCCGCGAGGCGCAGGCCAAGGCCACAAGUCAAAAGGAUCCGGGUGCCAUCCACAGGCUCAUCGACCAGCUGGUUGAGUCAUUCGCGGGCAUGACGUCUCUGCCCACAGAUCAACAAGAUCUGCUGGGUGUCACGGCAAGACAGGCACAGCUGCUUGAGCAGUGCCGCGGCUUCUUGGGCGACUUCAUGGCCGUGGCGCACCCCGAGGAAGAAGGCGAGGAGCCGGAUAUCGUCCUCGCGGCGGAACACCUCCGGUACGCGGCAGACUGUCUCGCCAAGAUCACCGGCCGCGUCGAGUCGGGCGACGUCGAAGAGGUCCUUGGUGUAAUCUUCGAAAAGUAG